GCGGUGUCAAGGUCAGAAGCGAGUUCCGACAGCAGUUUGGGGUCAUCGAAGUAGUGACCCGAUUCUGAUACUUAAACUUUUUUGUCAUGUCGUAUGCUCCAGCAGUCGAUAUUUCGAAAGUUUCCGACCCAUCGUUUGACCAAAGUGCUCAUGAAAAUAUCUUCGCUCUAGACAUCGGUGGUUCGCUUGCAAAAUUAGUAUACAAACGCGUUUUUCGGUAUAGACGUUCUAUACCUCAGCAAUGUUGUAAAAGUGUCAAUGAAAAUGAAAUCCCUUUUGACUUUUAUGAAUAUACGGAGCACGAGGAUGAAGGACAAAAGUUAUGUUUCAUGAAAUUUGAAACUAGGAAUAUAGAAGAAUGUUUGGAUUUUAUCCAUUCCAACAUUAUUCAGCAAAAUGCUUUAUCCAAAAAUACAAUUAAUAAGAUCAAGGUGACUGGUGGAGGUGCUUAUCGUUAUCGUGAACUGAUUUGUUCGAAGUUAGGAGUUGAAUUGGACAAAGAAGAUGAAAUGGAUUGUCUUAUAAGGGGAUGUGUAUUUAUGCUUCGAAACAUCCCAGAUGAGUUAUUUUAUUACGACAAACAUGCUACUCCUGCACACGUUUUUGUUCCUAACUGCUUGGUGAGUACGUUUCCUUUCCUUUUAGUCAAUGUUGGGUCUGGUGUUAGUUUCUUGAAAGUUGAAAGUCCAACUUCUUAUCAAAGAGUUGGUGGAACGUCUAUCGGGGGUGGUACUUUUUGGGGCUUAGGAACGCUAUUAUCUGGAGGAAAGUUUACUUUCGAUGAGCUUUUGGAGAUGGCGGAUUCCGGGGACCACCGUAAUGUUGACAUGUUGGUACGUGAUAUCUAUGGAGGUGCGUACGAGACACUUGGACUCUCUGGGGAUGUAAUUGCAAGCUCAUUUGGCUUAGCUGCCCGUCAUCCGGAACAACCUCGUGUAUUAGGCGAUAUGGUGAAGGCUCUACUAAUUACAGUUAGCAAUAAUAUUGGUCAACUGGCUUGCUUGUAUGCUAAACAGCAUAGCCUUACACGAAUUAUUUUCGGCGGAUAUUUUAUUCGAGGACAUGGGUUAACAAUGGAAGUAAUUACCUAUGCUGUUCAGUUUUGGUCAGGUGGAGAAUACAAAGCUUUAUUUUUACGGCAUGAAGGGUAUUUAGGGGCAGUAGGUGCAUUUCUUAAAACUUGUGAAAAUAAUAAUCCAGCGGAACGGAAAGCAUUAUGGGCUGAGAACUAUGUAGUUAGCUCGAGUAAUACUUCUUUCUCUGAUAUUUCAUCUGAAUCAAAGCCACUUGCAGUCAAUCACAGUAAAGAAGAGAAUAAUUUUAGUAACGCUUCUCCUCAUGAUGUGGCAAUUUCAAAUUCUUCAGUUGAUAAAGUGUCAAAUCCGAGAAACUUAACAAUCUCUCAGAAAUCAGGGGCAGGCGAAUCUAUUUUAAAGAGUUCUUCAAAGUUUACCUCACAGAAACAUGAAAUUUCAAAACUGCCUAAUUUUGAACUUGAUCGUAUAUUUACACAUUCUCUUGAAAUGUUUCAUUUACUGGAGUCACCUGCAAAUUAUUCACCGGAUACAUGGGAUCUAACUCACGAUGAAGAAGCCAGGAUUUAUUGGUUAGGUUGUUUUGAAAGUUGUGUAGAAUAUUAUAGAGCAAAAGCCGAAGAAAGCCAAUCUGACACAUUAUCAGAUGCUUCUGAUCGUUCACAUCAGUUCGCUGAACGAUAUAAACGAUUUCUACGUGAAUUAAAUGCAGAUCCAAGUGGUCGUGGAGUACUCACUGUACGAUGCCUUUUAUCUGCUCAACAGCAUUUCUUACGUGAAUAUGGAUUCGGAGAUGUUUUUUGUUUACAGAAAAGAUGUGAAAAUCGAGCGGCUCUUUCUACUCUCAUGGAUAGAUUAAAUGAACUUUCUAAAUUGAAUUGGUCUGAUCGUCAAUUGUCUUUGAUUAAAGGUCUUUUGGCUGGUAAUAUGUUUGAUUGGGGUGCAACUGAAGCAAUCCAGUUUUUAAAAGAAGCUCCGCAAAAUAAAUUUGGUACCGUUAACUUUCAUGUUAUUUUAAAUAAAGUUCAACCUAGACCUUGGUUAGUUGACGAUUAUGAUAAAUGGAUUGAUCGAAUCCAACUAUCUGGAUCGCCUUAUCGCUGUAUUUUAAUUUUUUGUGACAAUAGUGGUGCAGAUAUUAUACUUGGUGUAUUACCAUUCGCUAUGGAAUUUCUUAAUCGUGGUUGUAAAGUAAUAAUGGCAGCUAAUUCAAGUCCUUCUAUCAAUGAUAUAACUUAUCAAGAAUUGGAACUACUUUUGCAUAUAAUAGCAUCUUUUGAACCUUUAAUAGCUGAAUCUCUUAAUAAUGGACAACUGAUGUUAGCUGAAAAUGGUCAAACUUCACCUUGUUUAGAUUUUCGUUUAAUUGCUAGCUCAUUGGUUCAACUAACAGAACGUGAACAGGUUGAUUUGAUUGUCAUUGAAGGUAUGGGGCGAGCGAUUCAUUGUAAUUUAAAUGCAAAAUUCACUGUGGAUACACUCAAAGUAGCUGUGAUUAAAAAUUCUUGGCUUGCUCGAAGAUUGGGUGGUCAAUUAUAUAGUGUGAUAUUUAAAUUUGAAACGGUUUCGCAGCCCAGUUCCUAAUCCGCUGAUUAUGAAAACUGUUGUUUAUCAAGAAAGUUUCUUAUUUUAAUUAAGAAACAACAUAGUUUUAAAGAUUUAGUUAGCACUGGUAUUGUUUCUUUUGUUUGUUUGUUUAAUUUUUACCCUUUGUUACAACAAUUCAUACCAUUCGACUCUGCUUACCGUCGUUGGUUGUUACUUCCGGAACAUUCCUCUACAAAUAUAGAACGGACUGACUGAAUGUUUUUGCGAAUCACAAUCGAAGAACACACUAGUUGCUUUUUAUUUAUUUUAUGGUUAUUAAUUUCUACCUAAUAAUAACAUGAUUACAUGGAAACUUUUCAAAUCAGUCAAAUCUUCACUGUAGGAUUAUUUGAUUUCUUUGUAAUGAGUUUUAUUAAGAAUAAUCAUGUAGGUAUUGAUAAUAUGCUUCCUGUCGUCAUCGUCAUCAUUCUCGGUACUGUCAUCACCGUCAUGCUCUACCGUAUGGCUGAUUAUUUUUCUCUUUCUAUUAGACAUUCUUUGGAUUUUGUAGAUUAUCUAUCUUUUGUUGAUCGUUAUUCGAAUAGAAUUAUGAUUGAGAUAUUUUUGUUGACAUGAAAAAUUCCUCACUAAAAUUCAUUAUCCAAUGUGAUUUCAAGUGUUUCAACUGUCUAGUCUCUUCAUUAUCUUUUUUAAACAGAAGUAGCUUUUCUACAUACGAUACUCCUCAUUACACAUUCAUUUAAUUUUUUUAAAAAUUAAAUUGUUCUCAUCUAGUCUUAUUAUUGGAUCAUAUGACAAGAUUUAGUUUGUUUAUUUACUGAAUUUGAAUGUAAAUGUCGAUUUGGUUGUGCUCUAUCUUUCUGUGUAUCAACUGACUUAUUUCCAAU